GAGAUCCGGGACCUGCCCAGCUCUGCAGGCUCGGCCUGUGGCCGCUGCCGGGCCCUGGGCUCCCGGCGCUGCAAGGCGGAGAGGCCGGGUCUGGCGCCGCCCGCGCAGCCCUGUCGCGGCGGCGGGCGCUGCAGCGCGACAGGGGGCGGGGCCGGCUGCAGGGGAGGCCAGGGUGGCUGGGGAGCCUCCCGGCUGGGCCGAGUGACACAGGCUGGGGCUCCGGCAGCGGCGACAGGGGCCGGGCCGCCGCGUGACCGGCUGCAGUCACGCUGUGCUUAAUCACAAUUAGCUUUUGCUCCAGGCUGGCCGUGCUCACCAUUCUCCCAGCCGGUGACCCCGGGGAUUUCUUUUAUGGUGGCUUUCUCUGAAAUGCCAAAGCCACCCGAUUAUUCAGAGCUGAGUGACUCUUUAACGCUUGCCGUGGGAACAGGAAGAUUUUCGGGACCACUGCACAGAGCAUGGAGAAUGAUGAACUUCCGUCAGCGUAUGGGAUGGAUUGGAGUGGGAUUGUAUCUGUUAGCAAGUGCAGCAGCAUUUUACUAUGUUUUUGAAAUCAACGAGACUUACAAUAGGCUGGCCUUGGAACACAUUCAACAGCACCCAGAGGAGCCCCUUGAAGGAACCACAUGGACACACUCCUUGAAAGCUCGGUUACUCUCCCUGCCUUUUUGGUUUUGGACAGUUAUUUUUCUGAUACCUUACUUGCAGAUGUUUUUGUUCCUUUAUUCUUGUACAAGAGCUGACCCCAAAACGGUGGGCUACUGUAUUAUUCCCAUAUGCUUGGCAGUUAUAUGCAAUCGCCACCAGGCCUUUGUCAAGGCUUCUAAUCAGAUCAGCAGACUACAACUGAUUGACACAUAAAAUCAGUCACCAUUUUUUCCUUGCAAGUACAAAACUGCCGGUACCGUAUGAAGCCUGAUCACAAGACUGCAGUUUCUUCACAGAUCUCAGGAAGCUGUGGUGGGGCAGAGGCUUUUUAAAGAAUGGGACUAGGGGACUAUCUUUAUCUGAAUAUUGAAUUUUUAGGUAAAGCCUGUGAUACAGUACUACAAAAUCAUGUUGAUGACUUCAGAUUUUGGAAGUAAAAUUUUAUCUGUUAUUUGCAAUCUUUAGAAACUUGAAUAAGUACCUGGAUUCAUAUUUUUAUUCUACUGUGCAACAUAGUGAUGAUUCAGAAAUUUUUCCUUUGGGGAAAAAAUGAACAUUUCCAUUGCGUUUAAUGUAAAAAGGU